GCUUGCUUGUGAUUAAGAUUAUUUGAAUACUUUCUAACAAAUGAUUAAAUAGAUAAAACUGCAGUUGAAGUUAGGAUUAUAUGGAUUGGUAUUUGCUAUAUCAUCAAUAGUAAUAGCAAGUCUGUUUUAAAAUGGUUUCGAUUGUAAUAAAGGGCUUGUUAAAGGUUACAUCAAAAAUAAUUUUGAUAACUAGCAUGAUCCUAUUAUAAAAAAAAAUUACAUAAUUUUUAUUGAAUCUCUACCUCUAGAAUGGCUCUUUUAGAAUAUAAGGCUGCUCUACAAGAGCUAACAUCAAUUUCACUAUGAUCUUUUAAAAAAAGUAGGAUUUGAAGAAAGUUUUUUGUUAAACUCGACUCUUUAAAAAGAUUAAAAAGAUUAAAAUAUAAACAAGACUUCUAAUUUUUUUGUGUAGGAAUUAAAACCUUCUAAUUCAAUUUCAAAUCAAGACUUAGUUAUCGAAUUUUUGCUUGGUGUUUCAAUGUAAAAUUUAGUAAGCUCAAAUUACAAUGAUGUUUAAUUUUUUUAAAAUUUUGAUUCUUUACUAAAUCAAAUUCAAAGCAGUAAUAAAACCUGCCAAUAUGAAGAUAUUUCUUUUUCAAGCAUACAAUUAAGUGAGUAAAGAUAUAAAAUAACAGAAAUGUUCUAAAAUUUCUGUUCAUAUGACGAUCUUUUAAGCUAAGAAGAGAGUAUUUUAGAUUAAAACAUUGAAUUUUAUUACUCUGGAUCUAGCAUUAGUUAAUAAGCUGACAUAACUUCUGAUUAAUUUAAAGAUGAAAUAAAUUAUCUCAUUUAAUAAAUACAGAAAAUAAAAAAUAAAGUUUAAAAAGAUGAGCUUUUAACCAUAAUAAGUCUUUAUCAAAGAAAUUCCUAUUCGAAAAAUCUAUGUGUUGAAUCUAAAAGUUGUGUUGGUUUUAGUUUACAGUAUUCUCCUUCUUUUGAGCUUCGUAAUAUUGAAUUUAGUAUAAAAGAAAAGGUUAAAAUACCAGAUAUUUCAGCAACAAUAUCACUAAUUUCAGGAAUCAUGAUUCCUCUUUUAUCAUAAGGAAGAUAUUUAAAUACUUUUUUAAACAGUUAUAUAAAAUUAAGCAAUAAAAAAAUACUUGAAUUAAAUGCAAAUUAUCAAAAAAUAAAUCUUUAACAGCUCAGCUAGUACUAUGAAAAAGUUUAGUAGAAUUCAUAUAUUUUCAAUGAUUAUACAACUUUGUAUGAAAAAAUAUAAACUGCAAUGAGAAUUGAAGAUUAAAAAUAUUUUAUUUAAGAAUCUUAAAAUCUCAUAGACUAACUUGUUAAUGAAGAAUUCAAGAAAAUAAAUCCAUUUUAAACUCAACUCCUUAGUGUUUCGACUAUGAUUAUGAUUAUUUUAGUUAUAUUCAUAUGGAGUUGCUUGAUUUAUUUUAAUUCUAAAUUAUAGCAAAUUAAUAUUAAAAAUUAUGGAGUAGCUAAUUUGAUAAAUUAAACAGAUUUAGUAUUAGAUAAAGAUGAUAGAGUUAGAGUUUAAAUACUUGUUAAUACAUUUUUAUAGGCGCUAUAUUUUUUAGGUUAUUUUAUUUAAUAAAUAUCAUUUUUGAAUUCAUAAAAAUGCAUAUUUUUAAAUCCAAAUUCACAAAGAUAUCUUUAUCAGGAAACAAUUAGAGAUUAAUUCUUACUAUUUAUAUGCUUCCUUUCUAUUAUUUCUCUCCAAGCUUCAUUCUUUACUUAUGUCUAAUAAAUUUAAGAAGCUAAGCGAUAUUUAUAUUUAACAUUGUAUUUAGCUAUUAUUAGUGCUCUAUUUUUUGUAAGCGUUGAUGAAAAAAUAUAAGAGAUAAUCCAAAUUAAUUCUAUAGUUACUCUUCUUGAAUAAAAUGUAUUUUAUUGCGGAAUUUAGCUUUACAAAUAUUACUUUGUGUAUAAAAUUGGUAUUGCUUAUGCUUAAAAUUCAUCAAGAACUAAGAAAUUAAUAAAAAUCAUCUGCUUUAUUCUAUAGGAUCUACUUUUUUUCGUCCCUCAGAUAAUUGAAAUGCUAUUUAAAAUAUCUAUUUAAAUAAAUACCCCUAUUUCAUUUAUAAUAAACAUAAUUAUCUUUACAGUUAUUUUCUAUCUAAUAGAGAAGUCUAAUUUUUAAAGCACAUUAAUAAUUUUAUGCUUUAAUUGCAUAAAUUUUAUUUGUCAAACCUAGUUUAUUUAAGAUAGUUCCUAAAAAUUAGAAUAUUUAUUUUGCUAUACAACAUUUAUGAUAAUAUUCCUUUUGAUAAUAAACCAGCUGAAUAUACUAUCAAGUAUUAGUGCACUAAUCGGAGUAUAUAUGAUUAAAAAUAUUUUCUUUUGCUAGAUAUUUAGAUGCAGCUAUGUUAACUAGUAUAUCCUUAGUUUUAAUAGCAGUAGUUUAUAAUAAAUAUGCUUUUUAUUAACUGAAAUAACUAUAAUAGCAAUACUCUCAAUGAUGGCUUAACUUAGAGAUGAAGUUAAAUAAAAGUAUGGAAUAAUCUUCUUUUUAAAAUCCUAAAUUUUAGAACUCAGAUUUAUAUAUGAUAUUUUAAAAUACAUAAUAUUCUAUUUCAUCCAUUUAGUCAUUCUUUAAAUUAAUAUUUUAACCUAAAUCGAUAGAAACGAACAUAUGUCAAAAAAUAUUUAUCCUAAAAUAAGCACAUAUGAAAAAUUAUCAUUCAGUUACCAAAUAAUAGUAAUUGCAUCAAUUUUACUAAUUUUAAUAUAAAUCUACUCUAGAAAAAAAUAUUUCAUGUAUAGAGCAACUAAGAGUGAAAUAAUGAAAACAGACGAAGAAAGGAUUGAAACUAACCAAUAAAUCACCCUUCAAGAUAUAUGAGAGAAUUGCUAUUGUUUAUUAAAUUUAUAUUUCUUAGUUCAAAAUUUAUCAAAUACUUAAAAUUAAAUAUAUUUAUGGCUCAAUAAAAUAAAUUGACCAUACAGUUAAAAUAUUAAAUUUUAUUCCAUCAAUUUAUUAACAAAUUAAUAUAAUUCUUUUGAUAUGUGAUAAUAUAUUUAUAUAAGUAG